GGAUGCGAUGCAUCCAUUCUGUUGGACGACAUACCUGGUAAAUUUACAGGAGAAAAAACAGCUGUGAUUAACAACCAUUCCGCAAGGGGAUUCAAUUACAUCAAUGAAAUCAAAUUGGCAGUGGAGAAAGUGUGCCCCGGUGUGGUGUCUUGUGCAGAUAUUAUUGCCAUUGCUGCUCGUGACUCUGUCGCUCAACUUGGAGGACCAUGGUAUCCAGUCCAACUUGGACGGAGAGACUCCAGAACCGCCAGCUUCAGUCUAGCCAACGGCGGUGCGGUCCCAUCUAUCUUUUCCAACCUUAGCGUCCUGAUCGAAACCUUUGGCAACGUUGGCCUUAGCGCUACUGAUACGGUUGCAUUAUCAGGAGCACACACAAUUGGAGAUGCACGGUGUGUGACUUAUAGGCGUCGGAUUUACAACGAGACCAAUAUUAACGCAACAUUUGCCGAUGAACUGAAGAAGAUUUGUCCGUUGACUCAGGGAACCGGGGACGCCAAUUUGACCCAUUUUGACCGUCAGUCUCCAUAUGUCUUCGACAACAAGUACUACGACAACCUGAUGAACCAGGAAGGACUUCUUCACACCGACCAAAUACUCCGCGAUGGCGGGAACAUAACCAUUGCUUCAUUGGUUGAACAGUACAGCAGAGACCAGAAAAAGUUCUUCAAUGACUUUGGCGCAGCGAUGAUCAAGAUGGGGAAUAUUGCGGUCUUAACCGGAUCCCAAGGUGAGAUCAGGAAGGAUUGCACAAGAGUUAAUACUCCGUAAUUGAUUCAUUCACCAUCCAAAUCGCGCCCGCCUGCCCGCCCGCCCGCCCUGCUUUCAUCACUCCCUUUUUUUCUUGUAUUAAAAAUAAAA